CUACGAGAGAGAACCUCUUCCUUGCUUGAGGGUAUUUAACCCGCGGCCGCGAGAGCCGCGUGGAGUGAUCUAUCCGGAAGGGAACGUGGCGGAGCUGGUCCACAGCAAGAUGAAGUUCCAUCUGAGCACCCUCCUGCUCCUGCCCCUGUUACUCGUCUUCUCCUUAGAGUCUCUCAUUAAAUUUUUCAUUCCUAAGAAGAAAAAAUCAGUCACCGGAGAAAUCGUCCUCGUCACUGGAGCUGGACAUGGAAUUGGGAGACUCACUGCCUUUGAAUUUGCCAAACGUAAAAGCAAACUGGUUCUCUGGGAUAUCAAUAAGCAUGGCAUCGAGGAAACAGCCACUGAAUGCAGGAAACUGGGUGCCCAGGCUCAUACCUUCGUGGUGGACUGCAGUAACCGAGAAGGUAUCUACAGCUCUGCGAAGAAGGUGAAAACAGAAAUUGGAGAUGUUAGUAUUUUAGUGAAUAACGCUGGUGUGGUCUACACAUCAGACUUGUUUGCUACCCAAGACCCUCAGAUUGAAAAGACUUUUGAAGUCAAUGUACUUGCACAUUUUUGGACUACAAAGGCAUUUCUCCCGGCAAUGAUGAGGAAUAAUCACGGUCACGUGGUCACUGUGGCCUCUGCAGCGGGACACACGGGGGUCCCCUUCCUGCUGGCUUACUGCUCCAGCAAGUUUGCUGCUGUUGGAUUUCACAGAGCUUUGACCGAAGAACUGGCUGCCUUAAAACGAACUGGAGUCAAAACGACUUGUCUCUGCCCCAAUUUCAUUAACACCGGCUUCAUCAAAAACCCAAGUACCAAUCUGGGACCUACCCUGGAGCCCGAGGAAGUGGUCAACAAGCUGAUGAAUGGAAUCCUGACCGAUCAAAAGAUGAUUUUUGUCCCAUCUACUAUCAGCUUCCUGACAGUGUUGGAAAGGAUCCUUCCUGAGCGUUUCCUGGCACUUUUAAAACAAAGGAUCAAUGUUAAGUUUGAUGCAGUUGUUGACUAUAAAGUUAAAGGACAUUAAGUACCAGGUUUUCUUCAAAACUAAUUUAUCAAGUUUAAAUUGGUUCCAUCAAAUAUUAAUCAGAAUUUUAAUACUUUUACCUCUGUUUUUCCUAAUUAUUCUUCUUCAUUAUCACCUUUUGGAAACUUGACAGUGCUCAUUUAUUACCAGUUGUUAUUUAGUGGAAAACUAAUCUCAUGUAAUACAACAAAUACCUUAGAAGUUGUUCUUAACAAAUGAAAAGAACAAUUUCAUAGCAAUAAUUUCCCAGACUGUAUGGCUCACCUAAAGGUUUCCAAAUUUUAUACUAUAAAUGUUUACUUGAAGAUAUGUUAUUUUUAAUGGCACUAAAAUUAUAUAUAAUUUACAUUUCCUUUAUAUUCUAUGUAAAAUCAGAAGCUUUAAGUUCUUUAAAUAUAACAAAGGACUGUACUGAGUAGCAUUUCACAGUGAAUUUCAUAAGUCUUGAACAUUUCAUCCUACAUGGUGGCACUGUUUCCUGAGCGAUACCUCAUACUCAACACCAAACAUUUCAGCACAAGGAAACUAGCGAUGGAUAUGUGUUGCAAGUGUAAAAGCAUCACUGGGAUGUAAGGCAGAGAACUGGGAGAAUGUACUUACAAAUGGCAACAAAAAUAAAUGGACCAAACUUAAA